AUGGCCAGAACGCCGCCGGAGAUCCUUGACUUUGUCGAAGGGGGGAACUCAAAUCUUGACGACUAUGAAAGUCUCUACAAGCAACUCCAUUCAAACCCAGAACUAUCUCAUCAGGAGUUCAGUACAGCCAGUAUCAUCGCCGCAAAAUUGCGGACCUUUCCGGGCUUGGAGGUAUAUGAAAAGAUCGGCGGUACCGGUGUCGCGGCUGUUCUGCAUAAUGGGCCCGGAAAGACAGUUCUCUUGCGCUCCGAGAUGGACGCUUUGAUCUUGGAAGAGACCAAUCUUCCCUACUCUAGCAAGAAGACGACACGAGACGAGGCUGAUGGUCUUACAAAGCCUGUCAUGCAUGCUUGUGGGCAUGAUAUGCAUAUGGCGUGUUUACUUGUUGCGAUUGACGACCUCGUGAAGAGAAGGCAGUGUUGGUUAGGCACACUUGUCGCUGUGUUUCAGCCGGCUGAGGAACGCGGUGAAGGCGCCAAAAGAAUGAUCGACGGAGGGCUAUACGACCUGGUGCCUAUUCCCGAUGUUCUUCUGGCACAGCAUGUGGUGGGCAAGAAAGCUGGAAUCAUUGGAAUGCGUACUGGGGUCAUGAUGAGCGCGGCAGACUCGAUCAAGUUGACGUUCCGCGGCAAGGGCGGGCACGCAUCCAUGCCUGAAACUACCGUUGACCCUGUCAUCAUGGCUGCCAGCACGAUUAUGCGAUUGCAGACUAUUGUGAGCAGACAGAUCAGCCCCAGUCAAGACUUUGCUGUCGUGACCGUUGGCAAGCUGAGCACUGGGCAAGCCCCCAAUAUCAUUCCCCAGCAAGCUGAAAUGCAAAUAAAUGUGAGAACAGCGGACGAGAAUACUCGAGAAAAGAUCCUGAACUCGAUUGGAAAGAUUGCCCGUGCGGAAAGCAUGGUGAGUGGUGCAGAAGAGGGACCACUGAUAGAAACAAUGACGAGGUUUCCACUCACAAGAAACGAUACGACAAUCACAGAAAAUGUGCAGAAGACAUUUGAAGCGGUUUUCGCUGGCGGACUCGAUGCCAGUUGGCUGCGGAGCAACGCCAGUGAAGACUUUACAGAUAUUGGGACGGUAGUCAGAAAGCCCUGUUGUUUCUGGUUCUUUGGAGGCAUCGACAAGGACACCUGGGACGAAGCUGAACGGAAAGGAAGGACCACCCAGGAUAUUCCGGACAACCACUCGCCCUUGUUCGCUCCAGCAAUUCAGCCGACUCUCACGAUUGGUAGAAAUGCUUUGAUCGCCGGCGCACUGACAUUUCUAUCCAAGGCUUAG